AGAAUACAAUAAUUCUUAAUUAUCUUUAUUCUGAUCAAUAACACUUUAUUAUGUUCACCAUGCAAGAUUCUUCUAGCGUCUCUCGUAACCUUAUAUUCAUCAUUUUCAUCAUUUUUUUAUUUGAUCUUAGGGUUCAGUCAUAUAACACUACAAUAAUUACUAAUGGAGAUAAUUGUGAUCCUUGCGUGGGGAUAUUUCACGUAUAUGUAACGGAUUGUAAUGGAUCAGUGAUACGAGAUGCGGGAAAGAGGAGCUGCUCUUUUUUUGAUCCAACAGUUU